GAGAAGAACGCUCAGCACUCCCCCGCAGCUCCUAGAUCGACACUUGCGUGGCAGAACGUCACCCAGCAUCCCCUACGUAGAAAGUGGUACAUCCGGCCGUCCCCUGAUCUCCGGAGCGAGUGGUGCAGGCUGCAGGGCUAAGCGCAUCUGACUCUGCCUCCCCUUCCUGAAUGGAGCAGGUUUAACGGAGCGGCGUGCCCGACUUCGGCUGGCGUCGCUACAGUGAGCGCCGGAGAGGAGAGGAGGAGAGGAGAGGCGGCUGGCUGAUCUGGCAGCAGGAAUCGCCGCCGUCCUCCCUUUCCACGCCGAGGAGGCUGCGGUAGAGCCAUGGCUGGGCGAGGUCGGGUUUGGGCGCUGGCGCUGGCGCUCUGCGCCUUGCCGGGCAGCCUCUGUCUGCAGGAGACCGAAGCGACUGAGCCUGAAACGCCGGCGGCUCUGGGCGGAGGGGCGAAUAGGCGGCGGCGCCUGAGCCAGGAGGACGGCAUCUCCUUCGAGUAUCACCGCUACCCGGAGCUGCGGGAAGCGCUGGUGUCGGUGUGGCUGCAGUGUCCGUCCAUCAGUAGGAUCUACACUGUGGGCCGCAGCUUCGAGGGCAGGGAGUUGCUGGUCAUCGAGGUCUCGGACAACCCUGGCGAGCACGAACCUGGAGAGCCAGAAUUUAAAUAUGUUGGCAACAUGCAUGGAAAUGAAGCUGUUGGAAGAGAACUUCUUAUCUUCUUGGCUCAAUACUUGUGCAAUGAAUAUCAGAAGGGAAAUGAGACUAUCAUUAAUUUGAUCCAUAGUACACGUAUCCACAUCAUGCCGUCUCUGAAUCCAGAUGGCUUUGAGAAGGCAGCGUCACAGCCAGGUGAACUCAAAGAUUGGUUUGUUGGUCGAAGUAAUGCACAGGGAAUAGAUCUAAAUCGAAAUUUCCCUGAUCUGGAUAGAAUUGUCUAUGUCAACGAGAGAGAAGGUGGUCCAAAUAAUCAUUUGCUGAAAAAUAUGAAAAAAGCUGUGGACCAAAAUCUAAAGCUUGCACCAGAAACAAAAGGUGUGAUUCACUGGAUAAUGGAUAUUCCCUUUGUACUGUCCGCCAAUCUUCACGGUGGAGACCUUGUGGCAAAUUACCCGUAUGACGAAACUCGAACUGGAAGUGCACAUGAAUACAGCUCCUGCCCAGAUGACGCUAUUUUCCAAAGCUUAGCCCGAAGCUAUUCAUCUUUUCAUCCAGCCAUGUCAAACCCAAAUCGACCACCAUGUCGCAAGAAUGAUGAUGACAGCAGUUUCAUUGAUGGGACAACUAAUGGUGGUGCUUGGUAUAGCGUUCCAGGAGGUAUGCAGGACUUCAACUAUCUCAGCAGCAAUUGCUUUGAAAUCACCGUGGAGCUUAGCUGUGAAAAAUUCCCUCCAGAAGAAACUCUGAAAAGCUAUUGGGAGGACAACAAGAAUUCACUUAUCAGCUACAUUGAGCAGAUACAUCGAGGAAUAAAAGGAUUUAUUAGAGAUCUUCAGGGUAAUCCCAUUGCUAAUGCCACAAUUUCUAUAGAGGGGAUAAACCAUGACAUUACAUCAGCAAAGGAUGGUGAUUACUGGAGGCUGUUGGUACCUGGAAAUUAUAAAGUGACAGCCUCAGCAUCUGGCUAUCUAGCAAUCACAAAAAAAGUGGCUGUUCCCUUCAGUCCUGCUAUUAGGGUUGAUUUUGACUUGGAGUCAUUGUCUGAAAGAAAAGAAGAGGAAAAGGAAGAGCUAAUGGAAUGGUGGAAGAUGAUGUCAGAAACUUUAAAUUUUUAAGCAGACGUUCUGAAUUCACACCUUUUAAUCUACUAUAUGUUGAUUUAGUGUAAUGUACUGUGAAAAGUCCCAACAUUUUAGAUUUUGUGUAGCUCAUAAUAUGUAACUUUUGGGGUCGGCUGAGUAAUUUUUUUAAUAACCUAUUCUCCAUAAAAGUAUAUUACUGGAACCUUUUAUGUCAUAUUUGCUGUCCUGCAUAUUCAACUUGAAGGGCAAAUGCUCACAAGAAUAUGUCCUUUCUCUAAUGUGACUGUGAAUUUGAGUGUUUUACUAUCCUAAAUAUGCAGGUUAAGUACAUUAAAAAGCUAUAAUAAUUAGCAGUCACUUGCAACAACUGCCACAAAUAUUUGUCCCUACAGGUAAACCUAUUUAGAUUUUUUUUUAAAAAAAAACAAGCAAACCUCAUAAUGAUACUGAAAAUAUAUGUGAUAAUAAUUUAGUAUUGUACAUAACAAUUAUUUUUUGUUCUGUGGAAGAGCCAUAUAAAAUAAGAAUCCAAGUACUUGGGUUUUACAUAUAAUACUCAUAUGGAAAUGGCUUCCAUUAUUCUUAAGAAAAAAAAUAGUACAUUUUUCUCUUGUUGUGUUUAUUAAUGUUUUUAAGUAACGUGGUAAUCAGAUUAAAAAUUCUGGAUGGCUAAAACAGUUAACAUAUAGUAAGUGUAUAUUACUGGUUUCUUGUGCUUGCAAUCUAUUAUUUGUGUUAUCCUGUUUUCCAGUAAUUGUAUGCACUAAGUAUGUAUGGUUUCCAUAAGAAAGUUUCCAUAUUCUUUGUAUGAAGAACAGAAAGUUCCUCCCAUAAUUGAUCCACCAGCUGCUUCCUUUAAUAUGGAUUGGAAAUCCAAGAUAUACCCUUAAAAGUCAAAAAUGUAAACAUGUUUUCUAGAAGAAGCAAUUUCUCUAGUUUCCGUGGAGUUUAUUUCCUGGUCACACAUCUUGAAUUCAACCACUGCUAAAGACAAUCAUUUGGAUUGUAAGGGUACUUCUUCUGAAACAGAGAAAUUUCCAGAUGAACCAUGGUAGUUUAAAUUGGCACUAGCAUUUAGGGGAGCAACCAGCUUUUCAGUGUAAACUAGCUCACAGAGAACAAAAUAAAUGAAUUUCUAUUUUGAUGUUUCUUUUUAGGGCUGUGCAGUACUUUAGAUUUGGUGCCUCAGAAGUGUUUCAGGAUGUGUGGAAGCUCAAAUUUACUGCAACACUUUAAGUAGCUAUGUCUUAUGUGGGGAUUUUGUAGCAUAGCUGCUUUAAGAUGCUCCAAAGAGGGUCUGGGUUUGUGUUCUCCUCUGCUCUGAAGCAAUCCCAGCCCUAAUUUCAAUAUCACAUAUUUUAGUAGCUUGUUGGUGGCUCCUCCCACACUUAUACUGUUGGUAGAUGACUCUUGUCCUUGUUUUAAGUUACAUACAUACUACCAGUGAGCAGCAGCUGAAUUUGAAGGCACAUUUUUACCAUAUGCGCUUCAUACAUGAAACAUCCCUAGACGAAAGGUGAAGAGAAUAAAAGUUAUUUCUUUGCAUACUGAGUAUUCUUAGUUCAGUCUCUGGUGUCUCCAGGAUUUUAGAUAGCAUAAUAGUGAAAGGGUCUCUGGAAGAGCUACCCAGUGCAAAUGAUCAAGAGUGACAUCAACUGGACUUUCUGGAUUAUUUGUAAAAGGUUUAUUGAAUUGCUAAAAUAUGCAAGGCUGCAAAACAGUUUAUGAUGUAAGGAAUUCAGUGUUUGGUUUUUAAAAGGUACAAAUGAUCUUACAAUUAAAAAGUCUAUUUAAUCUGAAAAACAAAA